GACUCUAUCACUCUUUUUUUUUCUAUCCAUGGCAGAGAGUAUUCUAGAUUUCAGCAAAGAACUCGACGUUGCGCUGUUGGACCAAGUGGUUAUGACCUUCUUCGGAGGAUCGGGUCAAGAGCAACAAUUGGCCCAACAGUUGUUGACUCAAUUUCAAGAUCAUGAAGAAGCAUGGACACGUGUAGACGGAAUUCUCGAGCGCUCCAAUGUUCCUCAAACCAAAUUCAUUGCUCUUCAGAUUUUGGAAAAAUUCAUUCAAACAAGGUGGAACACACUCAAUGCCGAUAGCCGCAAUGCUAUCCGUUACUUCAUUGUGAAUGUGAUUGUCAAAGUUUCUUCUGAUGAGCAAUCGCUCGUCAAGGAACGCACUUAUAUCAACAAGUUAAAUAUGGUUUUGGUGCAGAUUCUUAAACAAGAGUGGCCACGAAAUUGGCCUCAAUUUAUCCCAGAAAUCCUCGCUUCCAGUCAAACCAAUCUUGCCCUGUGUGAAAACAACAUGGCAAUUCUCAAAUUAUUGAGUGAGGAGAUUUUCGAUUAUUCAGCAGAGCAGAUGACCCAAUCAAAGACAUCCAACCUCCGAAAUCAAAUGUGUGGCGAGUUUUCUGAUAUUUACCAGCUGUGCACUCAAGUCCUUGAGAAGGCUACCAAACCCAGCUUGAUCAAAGCGACCUUGGAAACCCUGCUCCGAUUCUUGAGUUGGGUCCCGCUCGGAUAUGUCUUUGAAACUGAUCUCAUUGACACGCUCCGCAGCAGAUUUUUUGAAGUGCCUCAAUUCCGUAACAUUACCUUGAAGUGUUUGACGGAAAUCGGCAGCUUAAAUGUCGACAACCAGUACGGUGACAAGCUUGUGUCCUUGUUCACCAAUGUAAUGACCGCUAUCAACACAAUGAUCCCUCCCAAUACUGACAUUGCCGAUGUCUAUGAAAACAGUAGUGAUGAUGACCAAGAAUUUGUUCAAAACUUGGCCAUCUUUUUGACCAGCUUUUUAACCGCUCAUGUCAAGAUCAUUGAACAGUCACCUGCCAACCACGGUUUGCUGGUCAAUGCACAUUACUAUCUAGUCAAAGUAUCUCGCGUUGAAGAUCGCGAAGUAUUCAAGAUCUGUCUCGAAUAUUGGGCUCAGCUGGUCCAAGAAUUGUUUGAAGAAGUUCGUGCUAUGCCUCCGAUGGAGUCGCCAUUGCUUGAUCUGUCGGUUCCUGGUGGUGGUCCCUUGGGUAAUGCCGGUUACCGUCCUCGAAAAGUAUUGUAUGUGGAUGUCUUGUCCAAUCUACGUGUGGUCAUGAUCGAACGUAUGGUGAAACCCGAGGAAGUCUUGGUGGUGGAAAAUGAUGAAGGUGAAAUUGUGCGUGAAUUUGUCAAGGAGAGUGACACCAUUGUGCUAUACAAGAGCAUGAAGGAAGUCUUGGUCUACUUGACCAAUCUCGAUGUGGCCGACACGGAAGAAAUCAUGACGACAAAGCUCGCCAAACAGAUGGAUGGAAGUGAAUGGUCGUGGCAAAACCUCAAUAAGUUAUGCUGGGCUAUUGGUUCCAUUUCCGGUGCGAUGAAUGAAGACACCGAGAAGCGAUUUUUGGUCACCGUCAUUAAAGAGUUGCUCAGUUUGUGUGAAAUGAAACGCGGUAAAGAUAACAAGGCGGUGGUUGCUUCGAAUAUCAUGUAUACCGUCGGUCAGUACCCUCGUUUCUUGAAAGCGCAUUGGAAAUUCCUCAAGACCGUGGUCAACAAAUUGUUCGAAUUCAUGCACGAAUCGCACGAAGGUGUACAGGACAUGGCCUGUGAUACGUUUAUCAAGAUUGCCCAAAAGUGCAAGCGCCACUUUGUUGUACAACAAACCGGCGAAGUCAGACCUUUCAUUGAUGAAAUACUGGAAAGUAUCGAUCGUAUCACUUCCGAUCUUGUUCCUCAACAGAUCCAUACUUUCUAUGAAGCUGUUGGUUACAUGAUUUCCGCUCAAUCCAACAAGCCGGCUCAGGAAAGAUUGAUGGAGAACUACAUGGCAUUACCAAAUACGGCAUGGAAUGUCAUUAUGAGUGAAGCGAAUCAAAAUGUCAAUGUGUUGGAUAAUGCGAAUGAAAUCAAGAUUCUUGCCAACGUGUUGAAGACCAACGUCGCCGGCUGUCGAUCGGUUGGUCCUGCAUUCAUCAUUCAGCUGAGCAAAAUUUAUGCCGAGCUGUUGACAUUGUAUCGCUAUGUUGGCAAGCUGGUAUCACAGAAUGUGGCAGAACAAGGUGUGAUUGCGACAAAGACACCGAAGGUGCGAGGUUUAAGAACGAUCAAGAAAGAAAUCUUGAAAUUGAUCGAUUGCUACGUGGAAUGUGCCGAAGAUUUGGAUGCCGUGAACAACAAUAUGGUCGGACCCUUCUUUGAGGCUGUUCUUUCCGAUUACAAUUCGUCGAUCGAUAUCGCCCGAGAUGCCGAAGUAUUAAACGUCUUGGCCACCGUGGUCAACAAACUGGGAUCCCUGAUGACCCCACGUGUCCCCGCCAUUUUGGAAGCGACGUUCGAGACGACGUUGAACAUGAUUACCAAAGACUUUGCAGAAUUCCCUGAACAUCGUACAGGAUUCUACAACUUGCUUCGAGCGAUUAACCAACAAUGCUUCCCAGCUUUAUUGGAACUGGCCCCCGGUCAAUUUAAGCUGAUCAUUGACAGUAUUGUUUGGGGUUUCAAACAUACCAUGCGUGACAUUGCAGACAUUGGCCUUCAAAUUUGCAAAGAGCUUAUUGAUAACAUUAGCCGGACCGAUCCUUCCAUUGCCGGUGCAUUUUACCAGUCAUACUAUCUCAGCAUUCUUCAGGAUAUCUUUUUUGUCUUGACCGAUCGUGAUCACAAGAGCGGUUUCAAGGGCCAAACUGAGAUUCUGGCACAAUUAUUCCAUUUGGUCAGCAGUAACCAGAUCCAGGUGCCAUUAUACGAACCAUCCCAGGUCUCGGAUCCUAACAUGAGCAACGUACAAUUCUUGGAAGGUUAUGUCAGUGCAUUACUUCAAAAUGCCUUCCCACAUCUGCAAAGUGUGCAAAUCAAUUAUUUUGUCAGCGCCAUGUUACGUUACAACAGCCAACCUGCGAAAUUCAAGUUGGAAGUACGUGAUUUCUUGAUUCAGCUCAAGGAAUUCGCAGGCGAGAAUGCAGAACUGUACCUGGAAGAAAAGGAGGCAGAAUUAGAAGCCAUGCGAAAGGCAGAAAGAGAAAAGGCGCUGAGUGUUCCCGGUAUGCUGAAGCCUUCCGAAAUGGAUGAAGAUGAGGAUCUUUAAAAUACACUUUGAUCCCACCCCAACCAUCCCAUUUCCCUCCCAAUGGGUAACACUUGUUCUCCCUCACUAGCACACUCUCAAAAAAAAAAGUUGAAAAAAAAAUUCACUUACUAAAGCAAUUUGAUCUAUCAAGAUAAAAAAUAAAGGAAAUAUUUCAUUUUCAAGCUC